CCCCCGCACCACCACCCCUCUUCUUUUUGCAAUCCCCUCGUUGGCUGCUAAUAGGAUUUUUAUGGGCCCGUGUCAAGCAGGAUAGAGCUGCCAAAGGGGAGCUGCUUCACACAUGCACAGAGAUAAUCAAAGAGGCAUUGUGGGCAGGGAAGGUUUGCACUGCAUGUAGACACAUCACACCCCUCCAGAGCAGUAAGACACACAGAGUGAGGGGGCGAUCGGAAAGACAAUCGCUUGUGUUGAUUCUCCAUGGUGCUGGCGACAGCUGAGUAACUGGUCCUCGCUCAGAGGCUAUUAAGCCGGGACAAGAUACUCACAGAUAUUGUUUUACAUUGUGGCACAACACCAAGAGGAACACUCCGCGGAGCGCCGUCCUCAUCGGUCCCCGGGAACUCGCCGAAGCAGAUUCAAAAGUGAACUGAUGACAACAUGAGCUGCGCUGCUGCACUAAAAAACUUUCUUCAGCUGCGUUCUGCCGUUAACUGGGACACCCCACUUUUCCUGCGCGCCUUUCCUCAUCCUGCUUUCGCCGCGGAUAAAGCCGUUUUUGAAGCAGCUCGGUUUUGGCUGCGCGGUAAUGAGUGGAGGACAGACAACCAGACAGAUGGAUGCAGCUCUUACACGGAGCGAGACAGACAGAUGGCUGUGUGUCCUUUCACAGAGAAACUUUGAAUAGUGAGACAAAGAGACUUUGAUUGAAUCACUAGAAGCCUGUGUGGACUUGCGCGGAUAUAAAAACUGACACUGCAGAUUCAUUAUGGAGCUUGUUCCGAAAACCAAGUACACCCACUUUCGGAGUGAAUCGCUGAGCUCGACUGAUGAAACAAACUCCAAUCCAUCAUCGUUCCCUCCUUCCAGUCCUGCCACCCCUCUCACUCCCUCCCCAGGUUUGCCGUCCUCCCUCUCCUCCUCGUCUCUCACUCCCAUUUUGCCCCCCUCGUCUCCCCGCCCCGCCGAGAACAGCCCCACCACGCUCUGCUCCUUCUUCCCCAGGAUGGGCUCCCUUCGGCUGGGCGUCUCUGCUACCCUUCUCCCAGGACUCAAGGCCUCGAGCAGGUCGCAGCAGCAGCAGCAGCCUCCGGCGCCUGUCGAGUCCUCGGGGGAUGACAGGAGCAGCUCCAGCUCCUCCCCUCCUCUCCAUCACCCUGUUCCCCUUCUAACUGCCCCUUCUCCUCCUCCUCGACCUCCUCUGCAGGACAUGAACCGGCUGGGAGGGGCGUCCAGGAGGGCACGGGUGGAAGGAGGGCAGCUGGGAGGAGACGAGUGGACGCGCCAUGGCUCCUUUGUCAACAAACCCACCCGUGGCUGGCUGCACUCCGACAGCGUGGUCAGCACCACCGGGGUUUCCUACACUGUACGGUACAUGGGGUGCGUGGAGGUGCUGCAGUCGAUGCGAGCGCUGGACUUCAACACCAGAACUCAGGUCACCAGGGAAGCGAUCUCUGUGGUUUGCGAGGCAGUACCCGGAGCCAAAGGAGCCCAACGCAGGAGAAAGCCUUCCUCUCGCUGUCUGACGUCCAUCCUGGGAAAGAGCAACUUGCAGUUUGCAGGCAUGACAAUCAGCCUCACCAUCUCGACCAGCAGCCUCAAUCUGCUGGCCUCCGACUGCAAACAGGUUAGGCUUGAAAAUGAAGCUGCCGUUUUCUCUCUCUCCUGUAGAGGAAACUCAGAUACGGCUGAGUACGUAGCAUAUGUGGCCAAAGAUCCAGUCAACCAGAGAGCGUGUCACAUCCUGGAGUGCUCCGAGGGUCUAGCUCAGGAGGUCAUCAGCACCAUCGGCCAGGCCUUCGAGCUGCGCUUCAAGCAGUACCUGAAGAACCCCCCCAAGCUGGUCACGCCUCACGACAGGAUGGCUCCGUUUGACGGCUCGGCCUGGGAGGAGGAGGACGACGAGGCCGCUCCGCCUCCGGAGGUCCCGUACUACAACAACUUCCCUGGAAAACAGCCUCCCCCCGGCGGACUCGUCGACAUGAGGACGCGUCCGGGGGCCACGCUGCCUUACGGACAGCCGGGUCAGAACGACAUUCACAAGCAGCCUCUGCCUCCUCUGCCAGUGGGUGCCAAAGAAGGAGCGCGAGAGAUGUUCGAUGACCCGUCGUACGUCAACGUGGACAAACCUCGACCUCCGGCUGCAGCGAACGGAAACGCUCACAGAGACGCUUUUGACAUGAAGCCUCUGGAUGAUGCUCUGGGGGUCUCGGGCCCGAGCUCGGUGACGGCGACGCCCUCCCUGGUGCAGCAGCUGCAGGCUGAAACCUGGUUCCACGGCAGCUUGAGUCGCAGGGAAGCGGAGCGGCUGCUGACCCGAGACGGAGACUUUCUGGUCCGGGAGUCCGGGACAACGCCUGGGCAGUACGUCCUGACAGGGCAGCAGGGAGGGCAGCCCAAGCACCUGCUGCUGGUCGACCCGGAGGGAGUGGUUCGUACAAAAGACCAUCGGUUCGGGAGCGUCAGCCACCUGAUCAGCUACCACAUGGACAACAGGCUUCCCAUCGUGUCGGCCGGCAGCGAAGUGUGUUUGCAGCAGCCGGUGGAGCGCAGGGCCUGACGCGACACGAGCCAAUGAAAUACCCCACCAAAAAGAAAAAAAAAAAAAAAAAAAAAACACACGCACAAAACACACACACACAAAGCAAAGAAAGCCAAAAAAACGAAACAAAAAAAAAUCGAACCAGUUUCUCUGCAAAGUCACCCACUUGCUGCUGUCGCCGAACAUCCCGUUGCUGCAGUUUCUCAGCCUACUGUGAACCAGGGAGGAGCUUUGAAUCACACAAAAACAAAUGCAAUUUCUUUUUUUUUUUUUUUUUUAAAGGAGAAAAAAAUUAACA